AUGAGAUAUUGUAAUAUUGUACAACGUGCUGCUCCUCCUCCUCCUAUUUUAGAUUGGAAUGGAUUAGGAGUGUUGUAUGAAAAAGUCAAUUCACCUGACAUGAUUUCUAAAAAACUAUAUGAUCUUUUUGGAAAUUCAGAUAAUUUGUUUCCAUGUUCAGGAUUGUCAGCUUCAGUUGCGGGUUUAAUCAAAGAUCAAUCUAUUGGAACAAUGGAUAUUUCUAAAUUUAUAACAAAAAAUUUGCCAAAUAAGAAUGUUUUUUCUGGAAGGAACAACUCUUUAAUUGGUCAAAAGCUUUCAAUCACUCAAGAAUCACUAAUUAAUCAACGCCCUGUAAUCAACUCAAACAGUACCACACCUAAUGAAUCUUCUAAUUCUCAAAUGCUUUCCAAAAAUGUUCAAUCAUCAUUACCAUCAUUGUCACCUUCUCGGUUGAGAGAUAUUAAUGCAAAUAUUAAAAGAUUGAAACAAACUAUAAAAUUAUCAAGAUCUAACUUACAAAAAUCUUCGAAUUUAAGGGAAUCUUCCACUUCAAAUUUGAAAACUACAGGAUCACCCAAGAUGAAGUCCACCACUACUACAAGAUUAAAAUCACCAUUAAAGAAAAUACCAUCCAAUUAUACCAUUCUUCAAUUUUUCACUAGAUUAGAUCCGACAUUAUUUAUCAGAUGUGAGAAAUGUUAUAAACCAAUACCUAAUAAUAAAUUAGCUGAACAUUUAGAGGAUUGUACAAAAGAUUCUUCUUCAGUAGCUGUAGCAAAAGUACGACGAGUUAAUGAUUUAUUAUUAUUAGUUAAACAACGAUUUGUGUUGAAAUUAAGGAAACGUUUAGUCAAGAUACGAUUUUAG